UAGUAAGGACGGGACAGGGAGUCACCAGCCACCGUCUCACUACAGAGGAGCGUUUGUUUUGGAAAAACAGAAAAAGAACAUGGCUGACCGUGGAGAUGGGGACACUGUGGACGCCUUGAGACUCUUCUCAAAGAAGUCCGAUGCGGAGCCUGCAGACAGUAAUCAGACUGCUGAGGAGAUGGACGCUGAGCCCAGCGGCGGUGGCAGUAAAACAGCAGACCCAUACCGCUACAGGAUGGACUAUCCCUGCAUCGGAAAAUGUCUCAUUAUCAACAAUAAGAACUUCGACAAAGACACAAAUAUGAGUCUUCGUAACGGGACAGAUGUAGAUGCUGCGGCUGCUGUGAAGACCUUCUCUGCCCUGGGUUAUAAAGUCCAGGUGGCCAAUGAUCAGACGGUGGACCAGAUGAACGAAAAGCUGUCUGCUGCAUCCCAGGAGGACCACAGUGAUUGUGCAUCAUUUGCAUGUGUGUUGCUGAGUCAUGGAGAUGAGGGGAUAAUAUACGGUACUGACGGCUGGUUAAAGUUUGAAGAGCUGACUAAAUACUUUAAAGGAGAUCGCUGUAAGAGUCUGGUGGGGAAACCAAAGCUCUUCUUCAUACAGGCAUGCCGUGGCUCAGACCUGGAUGGUGGAAUUGAGUGUGACAGCAUGCCCAGCGUAGAUGACCAGACCUCAGAGAGGAUUCCUGUGGAGGCAGAUUUCCUGUAUGCUUAUUCCACGGCUCCAGGCUACUACUCGUGGAGAAACACCGCCAACGGCUCCUGGUUCAUGCAGGCCUUGUGUGAGAUGAUGCAGCGUUUCAGUGGCGAGCUGGAGCUGAUGCAGAUCAUGACACGAGUCAACCGCAAGGUGGCGCUUUCCUUCGAGUCUUCCUCCAACCUGCCGGGAUUCAGUGGCAAGAAGCAGAUCCCCUGUAUCGUCUCUAUGUUGACCAAAGACUUCUACUUUCCUAACUAGAUAGAUAUUUUACCUAUGAAAACUACUGAGCUGUCACAAGGGACUGUGCUCUAUUACCAAGUGAAUAUCAGUCUGUUUUACCUUCAACUACUCUCUAUGGCCAAAGGGUUGUAGUGCAUUGCACAGUUGCAUGUAAAACAGUAUAACAUGAGUUUUAAUAUGAAUACAAGUAGAACACAAAUCACACUGCAUUAAGAUAAAAGGGAUGGAUUAUAGAGAAUUAACUGGAGCCUCCACUGUGAUGUUGUUGGGUUUUUACUUGAAUCUUUUAGAAAAGUUAAACUUUGAUCAUGUGUUGCAGGGAAUAUACUAAAGGGUGUUGGGACAUUUUUUUAAUAUUAGCUUAGAAAUGUGGACUUUAAUUAUACUACAUAAACACAAGACUGUAUAUUUUAGAAAUAAACUAUGAGUGUACUACAUACAGCACAUCUGCUUUUAAUGCAAUAAAUGCACAAAUAAACCAUAAAAUAUCAGGCCAUCACAUGAGAAAUUUUAGGUUUUAGGACUUCUUGCUGGGGUUGUUUAAGAAUGUAGCAAUGCUUGUUGCCUUAAUAAUAAAUAUUGUAGUAUUUUUCCUUUUUCAGGUGGUCACGUCUUGUUUUCAUGUAUUACGGGAUUACCAUUGUGAUAUCUCUGUUAGGGCUGGGCCAUAUGGACCAAAAGUCAUAUCCUGAUAUAUGUAAGCUGAAUAUCAAUAUACAAUAUAAAUCCCGAUAUUUUUAGCGCAAAGUGAGGGUAAAUGUUCAGUCAAAGCCAAAUUUGACAUGUCACAAGUAGUUUUAUUGAAACAGUUUAAGUGAACAUAAAUACUGUAUGACAACAGGAGUACCUUUUUAAAAAAAAAAUCAAAACUCCAUAAACAUUUAAAUAAAACAAAUCUAAAAAUAAAGAGCCUAUGAAAUAAAAUAGGCCAAUCUUUUUCUGAAAUCAAUAUAUUUAUAUGAGUAAAGAAUAACGAACAUUACAAAAGAACUAAAUAUGACAAACCCUAGUAAGGGUAGCAUUUAUAUCUAAAGAAAUGCUUUUUUUUUUUAACUAUAUCGAUAUGGUCUAAUUCCAUAUCACAUUUAAAAAUAUAUCAAUAUAUUUUUAUAUAGAUAUAUCGCCCAGCCCUAAACUCCGUGCAUGCUUUUAUACCUUUAACUGGGAUCAAUGAAAGAGAUUUGAAUGGUAAAUAUAAAACUGUAUCCACCCAGUCCUGACAUGCAGGGACAUUAUUGUGAAUAAAAACAGUAAAACUAAAAGCUUAUAUCUACAUAUUUCAAAGGUAACAGAUGAAAUGUCAAAUCUUAGAUCUAUCGUGUUUUUGUUUUUUUUGUCUAAAUGCUGAGUGUGCAAUGGGACAUUUUCAGUAGUGAUGUGCCAAUGAAGCCUCAUGAACCAUCUGCUUUAUGUUCUGACCCCACUAGAUGUUUCUCUUGGCUUUAAAAAUAAAUCUCUAACAAUGGUAAUUGAGUGUGUU